UGGCAACAGAAGUUACCGAAUCUCGCCAUCAUGGCGUCGGCCAACUAUAAGCAGGAUAUGCCUCCUGCAGGAGGGUAUGCUGAAUUUAACUACAAGCGAGUCCCAGCGAAAGUCUGGGGAUCUGGAUAUAAGUUACUUGGUGCCUAUGCUGCUGUCACUGCGUUUUCGUUUUACAUGUACUUCCGGUCAUACAGGAGAGUGUAUCUGCAGAAAGUAGAGGACUCUGAUGGGAGAAUUGCAGUGCAGCCAAUUGUGCUUGCCGAAAGAGACAGGGCGUUCCUGAAGCAACUCAAGAAAAAUUUUGAAGCAGAAAAGGAGCUCAUGAAGGAUGUUCCUGGAUGGGAAGUUGGUACGCUCUUCGGAGAGCCCCUCUACAAGACAACGCCAAAAGGCUACCACGUUGACCCCAUCGCCUUAGAGUUCUUUGCUCAUGCAAACCCAAAGGACAGAGAAUACAACCACCUCUUUGCGUACAAGAACAGCUAAUCUUUAGGAGGUUACAUUUGUUUUCCCUCAUCUGCUGUUCUGCACUUUUCUUUUCCUUCCGUCUACUUAGGUACGUAAUAAAUAGGUGACGAAAAUUUU